AUGCAAGAGUCCCAGAAAACCGUAAGCGAGGCCAAUACAUCUCCGCGGCGUGUGCAGCUUGCCGCAAAGCCAAAGUUCGUUGUGACGGAAGAACUCCCUGUUGCCACUGCGAGAAGCGUUCCACUCAAUGCCAUUAUCCUCCCUCCAGGGUCCGAAUGUGCAGUGAGGGCAAGAGAGGAGAGAGAAAUCAUUAUGGCCGCAAUAGAUCUCUACACCGAUAACGAUGGCAGAUCUGCAUUGGCCAAAAUCCAAGUCUCUAGUGAUGACAGGUCUUCUCUCAACUCCGAGCAGGCAGUCCCGUCUCCAACAAACUUCGAUCUUUGUCAAACCAUGGAGCUUGAGGAAGCCCUUCGUCUGCUUGGCGUGUAUCAUGAAGUCUUUGGCGUCUUGCAUCCGUUUCUAGACAUGGCAACGCUGCGUCGGCAAGCCAACGUGCUUUGGGGAGCAUUACAACCCGUUCCAUCCAGUCAACCAACUCUAUAUCCACCAAGUCAGGAUAAUCACGUAGUGAAACUGGCUAUUGCAAUCGCGUUACUCUGUGAGAGCGGAGGCUAUCACCCCACUGCCACUGCGAUAUACCAAAGUAUGCAAGUUAUAGUCGUCCAGAGUGUUUUAGGGUUCUCGUUCGAUCUGGGACGACUGGUGUUGUUAGUUCUCAUUGGGGUUUACCAUUGGUACCAGGGCGAUUAUCGACUAAGCUCCAGAUUUUUGGCCGUCGCAGUCCGACUGAUAUUCGAAACUGGGAUGCAGAAAAAGCAAAUAUUGCUGCGACACUUUCCUCUGAAAUCCGAAAGAGAAAUGGCCACUUUACUGGUUUAUACAUCCAUUGUAUUAGACCACCAGAUGAGCUUUGCUGCGGGCCUACCUACCACGUUCAGAGACAGGAAUAUCGAAAUACCUGACGUUGUGCGAAAACAGCCUGGAAGUCCAUAUCUCAGAGCAAUGACAUCGUAUGUCGACUUUGGAUCACGCCACUGGAACUCGGUGGUUGACAACCACGGGGAGAUUAAGGCAGCUUUUGAUGAUGAAGCUUUUGAUCGAUUAGACGAUGAAGUCAAUCGAUGGCCGAAGACGUUUUGUUUUGACUUACAGCCUCGAAAUCUCGAGGCCCGCUUGCUCCAAUUUGUCUCUGGUGAAGUUCCGGAUAAAGCUCGAGGUCCAUUGAUUGCAAGCACCAUACUCUAUCUCCGAGCCAACCAGAUUCGCAUUCUCGUUAUGCGACCCAUUCUAUUCUCGCUGCGUAGUAUUCUCGAUCAUAGCCAUCGUGUGGCUGGCUUGAUAGAGAUUGCGCAGGAUACUAUUCACAAACUGGUCCAGCUCGAUCGGUGCAGUGACUUAUACAGGAAGCACCAGGUAAUAUUGAAUCACUUUCUCUCCUCGGCGACAUCAGUUUUCUUUCUUGCCUUGGCGCAGCGUGGUAGGCUAGAAAAGCAGGGGAUAGAUCACACCGCGUCGACAUCGCUCUCGCCAACUUCUCUGAGAGAAACAUUAUUUAGGGCUUUUGAUCUUAUCCGGUCCUACAGCUCCAUGUCUCCUGCCUCACAGCGUCUUUGGGACAGCUUCUCGGUUCCCAGAAGCCUCUUGAUUACGUACGGGUUACUAAAGCGGCCUGGCAGCCAUGAUGACGAGAACAACUUAUGUGACGACGUACAUUCUUCAAAUUUCUCGCAUAUUCUAGUGGAUCCAGAACCUGCUGAAGAAGUUUGCGUUGCAGAUGAGGAAAGUGUUUUGCAGUCGGGACUUCCUACCGCAAACUCUACUACGGAUCAUGACAUCAACGCACCACAAGAGGAGUUUUGCAUUUCCGACUAUCUGAUAGACUCAAGAUACGAUGGCUCACUAAAUAUUGAAGGAGGGUUGUUUUACUCAGAGGACAAUCAAGAGGAUCUCUUGAAUAAUUUGUUUCAGUAG